UAAAGAGGAGAUUGAAGACAUGAGUGAUCCAGAACCAUCCAGAAUAAAACAUGAAGAUACUGAGGAACAAAUAGACCAGAUGGAAGUGAAGGAGCAAAUACAGAAACUAAAUGAAAUGAAGAAACUCUGCGACUUCAAAACUCAAGGAACAAAAGCCAAAAAGUUGCACUCCUGCUCUCAGUGUGGAAAGAGUCUCCAAAAGAAAAUAAACCUUACGAUACACAUGAGAAUUCACACUGGAGAGAAACCGUAUACAUGCACUCAGUGUGGAAAGAGUUUUACUCAAGCAUCAAAUCUCAGUAAACAUCUACACAUUCACUCUGGAGAAAAACCAUUCAAGUGUGAUCAGUGUGGUAAAGGUUUUAAUUCAUCAUCAAAUCUAAUACAACACCUCAAAGUUCAUUCAGAUGAGAAGCCUCACUUGUGUUCUUUCUGUGGAAAGAGUUUUUCACGGAUGGACAGUUUUAAACUUCACCAGAAAAUACAUACCGGUGUGAGAGAUUAUGUGUGUUGCGACUGUGGGAAGAGCUUUACUGCAUCCUGUGAACUGAAACGGCACCAAAGGUUUCACACUGGAGAGAAACCGUAUACAUGCACUCAGUGUGGAAAGAGUUUUUCUCGAGCAUCAGGUCUCAGUGUUCAUCUGCUCCGUCACUCUGGAAAAAAAACUUUUAACUGCGUUCAGUGUGGUAAAUAUUUUAUUUUGUCAUCAGAUCUAAAAGACCACCUGAAAGUUCAUUCAGAUGAGAAGCCUUAUGCGUGUUCUCUCUGUGGAAAGAGUUUUCCACGGCUGAAGAGUUUUAAACAACACCAGAAAACACAUGAUGAAGUGAGAGAUCAUGUGUGUUGUGAAUGUGGGAAGAGAUUUACUAGAGCUGAUUGUCUGAAACGUCACCAACAAACUCAUACUGGAGAAAAACCUUACAAGUGCUCAUAUUGUGACAAGAGUUUUGCUCGGUUGGGACGUCUAAAAUCACAUGAGCGAAUUCAUACUGGAGAGAAGCCGUAUAUCUGUACUCUGUGUGAGAAGAGUUUCAAAGAUGCAACAGGUUUAAAAAAGCAUACGUUUAUUCACACUGGGAAAAAAACUAUUUUACUGUGAUCAGUGAGGUAAAAAUUUGUCAUCAAGUCUAAAACAACACCUUGUAGGAAACUCAGAAGCGAAGACCAGGAGACUUGGUUGUAACUUUAUCAGGAUUCUUUAUUGAGGACACGAGCUGUCGGUAGAUGCAGUCAUCAAGUCUAAGGCAGUGUUGUAGUUUAUAUACUUUUAGA